UCACAAAGGGCCAUGUUUGCCAAAAAAUAUACUUGGAAAAAAAAGAGUACGUAUGUGUAUAUACCACAAAACUCGGGUGCAUUCUCUAGGGACCGGCGAAGCCAUUCUUUCAGGAGAUGUGCUCAGCAUUUGCCACGGGCCAGCUGCUGUUCCAGGUCGUGGGUUGGGGCCCCGCACCAGGAAGGGUGCCGCUCCCACAGGGCCGACAUCCUCACCGGCGUCGCUGCGGCCGCGGAGCUGGGAAGGCCGAGAGCGCGGGUCACGUCUGUGCAGGUUUCUUUAGAGUGCAGGUCUGUGGCCCGCGUCUUCGUCGGUGACAGCAGGGCUGACUGGCCACGGCGGCCAUCUACUAGAGCGCAUUUCUUCCCAUGAAACGCCACCUCCUCCGAAGUGCGGAGCGAACGCAGCCAAAUCUACACAAACACUGACAAGCUGGAUCCACUCGACGGAACCCAAGGCCAAAAAACGGCAGCGAGCAGCGCCUCGGGCCCGCGGUUACCGGUUUUCUGAGCACCGGACAGAGUGAGUCGUGCCAGCCCUGUCUCGCCAUCCCAGCCGAGGAAGGCAGCGCGAUGGCUCUUCCCUGCCUUGAAACCAACUCCAUUGCCAGCCGCUUUCGCCGGCAGAGCAUUUUCCGUGGGGUCCAUCCGGCUCCACGGCGGCCUCCGCCGGCCACGUGGGAAGAAACACGCCCACUGCCCACAGGCCACGCCCUUCCUCGCUUCGCGCAGGCGCCCCGCCCGUCCGAGGCCCUCCGAACCUGCAGGGGGCGAUGAAAGUCCGCUUGCACUUCGCUUGUAGCUGCUUCCGGGUCAGAGGUCAGACGGUCUAGCGCUGCGUGGGCCAUGGUGCAGCUCCGACCGCGCGCGUCUCGCGCCCCGGCGUCGGCGGAGGCGAUGGUGGACGAGGGCCAGCCGGCCUCGGAGGAGGAGGAGGCGGAGCACGGGCUGUUGCUCGGGCAGCCCAGCAGCGGCGCGGCCGCCGAGCCGCUGGAGGAAGACGAGGAAGGGGACGAUGAGUUUGACGAUGAGGCCCCGGAGGAGCUGACUUUCGCCAGCGCCCAGGCGGAAGCGAGAGAAGAGGAGCGGCGAGUGCGGGAGACCGUGCGCAGGGAUAAAACGCUCCUGAAGGAGAAGAGGAAGCGACGCGAGGAGCUGUUCAUCGAACAGAAGAAAAGAAAACUCCUUCCAGACACUAUUUUAGAGAAGUUAACCACAGCUUCACAGACUAACAUCAAGAAAUCGCCAGGAAAGGCGAAAGAAGUUAAUUUGCAAAAGAAAAAUGAAGACUGUGAAAAAGGAAAUGACUCCAAGAAAGUUAAAGUACAAAAAGUACAGUCUGUCAGCCAGAAUAAAAGCUAUUUGGCUGUAAGGCUAAAAGACCAAGAUCUGAGAGACUCAAGGCAACAAGCAGCACAAGCCUUCAUACAUAAUUCAUUAUAUGGGCCAGGAACCAACAGGACUACUGUAAAUAAGUUCCUGUCUCUUGCCAACAAGAGGUUACCAGUGAAAAGAGCUGCUGUCCAGUUUUUGAAUAAUGCUUGGGGAAUCCAGAAAAAACAAAAUGCCAAGAGGUUUAAAAGACGGUGGAUGGUCAGAAAGAUGAAAACUAAGAAGUAAAUCAAUGCUAAAUGAAGAAUCUGUACUUUGUAUGUAUAGAAUUUAUCUAAUAAAUCAUUCAUAGAUCA